UAUUUCAUGAACAAAACUCAGCAGACUCGAGCUUAUUCCGCAUGGUUUUCGAGCAAGGGCUGAUGUUGCACUAUUGAACAUCGCAAUUUUGGUCAGUCAUUGUUUGAAAUGACUCAGAGGUUGUAAAAUUUUACGCAAGCUUCUGCGAGAUUUUCAUAUGUAUAAAUACUGUCAACGUUGUAGCCAAAUCAUUCAGUUGCUGUUUCAUUGAUAUAACAAGGACGUUCUAAUCACCUGGUUAAAAUGGAGUUGCCACAUUUAGGUGAGCACUGCGAUGUCAAAACUUGCAAUCGUUUGGACUUUUUACCAAUAAAGUGUGACGCUUGUGAAAAGAUGUUUUGCGGAGAUCAUAUGUCGUAUGCAAAUCAUAACUGUCCUAGUGCUCAUAAAAAAGAUGUUCAAGUACCAGUUUGUCCAAUGUGCAAUGCUCCAGUACCAUCCAAGAGGGGUGAUCCACCAGAUUAUGCUGUAAGCAUGCACUUGGACAAUGAAUGUGGAUCAGGGUACAAAGACCGUAGAAGAAGAAUUUUUACAAAUAAAUGCUCUAAGAAAGGAUGUAAAGUCAAAGAAUUAAUUCCAGUAUUGUGCAAAGAUUGUAGUUAUAAUUAUUGCUUGGGUCAUAGACAUCCCACUGAUCAUUCCUGUAUAGGACGUGAUCAAGCAAUGAGAGAAAAAAGACUCGAAGCUAUUGAAAAGAUGGAAUUGAAUAAAAGAAGAAGUGGAAAUAAAAAUACUAAAGAUUUGCUUCGUGGAGUGCAAGGUACUUUAAAUGAAGAUGAAGCAUUUGCUGCAGCUCUUCAAGCUUCUAUUAAUGAACAAGAGGGAAGACCAGCAGAGUGUUCAGCAUGGAAAAAUCAAAACAAAUGUCAAUUAUCAUGAAUAUUAGUUAUAAAAUUUUGAUUUCUGCUAAUAGGCAGAAUAUAUAACGCUUGGGUACUGAACAUUGGACUCUGAUAAUUUGAAGUUGUCUAGAAUUCAUCAAUUAAAAUAUCUUAUCUACUUAUAAAUUUUUAUAAAUAUAAAAUUGAUGAACUUCAAUUUUAAUAUGUUUAAAUUUAUACAGUUAAACAAAAAUCUUAUAUGUAAAUAUAUUCACUAACUGGUGCUUAAGUGAUUAUUCUGGAAAAAGUAAUUAUCCAUGUGCUAUUUUUCCUAUUUUAUAAAAUUUACAUAAAAAAAUUCUUCCUAUAUUAUAAUAAAUUUUAAUGUUUAAUUAAUGC